GGUACUAGGCAUUCAAAUAGUUUCUGUGUUUAGUCAUUGAUCCGCGUUCAUCUCUUUUCCUUGUAUACAGAUGAUACCAGUAGCUGCAAAUGAUGUUGCUUUCUCCAGCCACGCGGUUUUGCUAACCGCCUUUACCUUGUUCCAGAUCGCCAUUUAUGAUCGUGGAUCUCAAACGGUCUCGAAGAUUACUAUCGCCAUAGUUACAGGAGCAUGGAUGAUUGUUGCCAUUUGUGUUGUUAUAGCCAUACAAACGCAUUCUUGGUUGUGGCUCGUCUCCUGCUUUAACAUGUUACAGGUUUCCAUGACUGCCAUCAAGUACAUACCUCAAGCAAUUAUGAACUUUAAAAGGAAGAGCACAACUGGGUUCAGCAUUGGUAACAUAUUGCUUGAUCUGCUUGGUGGAUUGACAAAUUAUGGUCAAAUGGCGGUCCAAUCUUUCGACCAACAUUCGUCGGUGAAUUUCUUUGGAAAUAUAGGCAAGACAUUGCUUUCUUUGGUCUCUAUCUUCUUCGACGUGUUGUUUAUCGUGCAACAUUAUUUGCUAUAUCCUAAGAAGAAACCCGAGAGAUCUCCAAGUCCUGAACCAGUAAACCAUGUGUCACUUGUUACAUCGUCACAACAUGUUUAA